AUGACAGCAAAAAUUCUGGUAGUUGAUGAUAUAUUAUCAAAUGUCAAGCUUUUAAAGGCUAAACUUAUAGCAGAGUAUUAUACUGUUAUCACUGCUUACGACGGUCAAGAAGCUAUAGAUUUAGUGAUGGAGCAACAGCCAGAUAUUGUAUUACUUGAUGUCAUGAUGCCAAAUAUGGAUGGGUUUAAGGUUUGCAAGGAGUUAAAAAAUAAUCCCGUUACGACCCAUAUUCCAAUAGUUAUGGUAACUGCGUUACAUGAUACAGAAGAUAGAGUCAAGGGUAUAAAUGCAGGUGCAGAUGAUUUUUUAACUAAACCAAUAGAUGAAACCGCUUUAUCCGCAAGAAUUAAAUCAUUGACCCGACUAAAAUUUGUCAUAGAUGAGUUGCUUUUAAGAAAUAAAACUAACGCGGAAAUGAAUAUUAUAAUGGAUAGAAGUUUAAUAGAGUAUUCAAGUGAAACCUAUUACGGUCGUAUAUUAGUGAUAGAUGAGGAUGUCUCUCAAGCCAAGCGGAUAUACAAAAUUUUAUCAAAGCAAUGUUUCCGCUCGAUAGAAAUAUUAAGUAAUUUGAUGGAUGUAACUGACAUCAAAGAUGAUUACGACUUAAUUAUUUCCAAUAUGCCAACUUACGGAAUUGGCGGGUUACGUCUGUGUUCUGAACUUCGUAGUAAGUUANAAACGCGUUACACACCAAUUUUAAUUCUAUCCGACGAAGAUCAGAGCAAAAGCAACCUAAUAAAGGCUCUUGAAAUAGGGGUAAAUGAUUAUUUAGUUGUUCCAUUAGACGAGAAUGAAUUAAUAGCUAGAGUAAAUUCUCAAGUAAAGCGGAAAAGAUAUCAAGAUGCUUUAAGAAUGAACUUAUUUAACAACGUGGAAAUGUCCAUAAAAGAUCCGUUAACUAAUUGUUAUAACAGAAGAUAUUUUGAUAAGCAUUUAAAAAACAUUGUUGAGGAUUCCAUAGCAAAAGGUAAGAACUUAUCUUUAUUGAUGCUAGAUAUAGACUAUUUCAAAAUGGUCAAUGACAAUUUUGGUCACAAUGCUGGAGAUGAAAUUUUAAAACAAGUACAAAAAAGAAUCUCUGAAAAUAUUAGAAUAACAGAUCUACUAGCCAGAUUUGGUGGCGAAGAGUUUGUUAUUGUCAUGCCUGAUACUAAUGUGUCACAUGCGUAUAUUAUUGCAGAAAGAAUACGUACUAUUAUUGCACAGCCUUUUAUACUGUUAGAUAAUGUGAUUAAUAAAACCGUUAGUAUUGGAGCUGCAGAAGUACACAACUCUGACAUUAAAGAUGUUAAUUUAUUUGUGGAGCGUGCCGAUAAAUGUCUAUAUAAAGCAAAAAAUAGUGGUAGGAACAGAGUGAUUGCUAAUUAA